AUGUCUCAACAUGUAGGGACAUUGUUGAGCGUUGAGAUGACUAACAUAGAGAACUGGACGGAGCUAGUUGGCGUCACGUUGAACGUACUGGAAGAAGCAUGCUCUGAGAAGGAUUGCAUUCCCGCUGUGGCGACAGAGAAAUCAGAAAAGGUCCUGGGAGCAUGUGUGAUGACUUUGGGAGCUGGCCACUGGAUCCCUUCGGUGUUCCCACAGGUGUACAAGCUAAUCAGCUCGGGGCGCAAACAUUGA